AGACGAUUGGAACAAUUUUAGUGCCGUUUAUUAUGAUUUCGGUUGCUUCGUUAAGAUCAUCCCGCACUGAUGAAUCGGUGCUGCAAUUAAUAAUACAUUCAGAAAAUGAUCGUCGUCCCGCACAUAGCGGCGCUAUGUUGCAUUUCCAUUAGAUCGUACGCCGCGGACGUCUUGCCCGCUUCGUACGCUUGGAGUACGUUCACGGGUCCUGUGUCCGGCGAAGUGCAUGAAAUAGACCCAUUCCAACCGUUGCACACUCAGCUCCAAAGCGAUCAGCCGCAAGAAGAACAGACUACCCGCAAUCCCGAAGCUCCCAAAGACUACGUCGCCAGACCAUUGUAUUCGUUUGCCUACGGCGUGGACGACCCGAACACGGGUAACGUACAAAGCCACUCGGAAACUCGCGACGGUUCCGUGGUUAAAGGCGAGUACUCUGUGAUGGAACCGGACGGCGUACUUAGAAACGUGCUAUACACGGCCGAUGCGGAAAACGGCUUUCGUGCGUCAGUCCGGUUUAUUCCACCGUCAUCUGGAACAGAAUCGGUGUCCGAUGCCGGUGAAGAAGAACAUAACGAGCACAACCAGUCGCCACCGUCACCGCCACCGUCCUAUUCGCCACCGUACGCAGAACAACAGCAAGUUGACGAUGACGACACAGACCUGGAAUCGUUCCCUGAGAGACCUUCGCCGUUCACUUCGCCACUGUUGUUCGAUAGGUACAAAAACUAUGCGGAUAUCAGUGGCAACGAUGCCGACGACGCCCCGCAGUUCGACGACAUAAAGUUCCCGCCGUCGUCGCCGUUCGAUGACAUUAAGUUCCCGCUGCCACGGUUGAGACCGUCUCCGUUCAAAAACGCCCCGUCCGAAGACUCUGACGAUUAUAAAUAUCCCAAUGCGUUUGACUCGUUCGACUCAGCGGAAUACCCGGAUCCACCCAGUUCAUCGUUUGACGACAACUCGGAACCGUCGAGUUCUUCGGCGCUCAUCGCGUCGGAACCGUCGACUUCAGUGAGCGACUCGUCAAGGCCACCGCCGGGUUUGACGUUUGGUCUGUCGUCGGGCUCGCCGUGCGUGGCGAACCGUUUGCCGGCCGUGUCGUCGACGCUUCGGCCGCGGCCGUCCUCACAACCGGAUACGCCUGUAUUUCAGACAGGACACCCCAACGAUUUCGGUAAACAGACGUUCGACAUCGACGACAUCCAAGUGAUCGAGGACAACGGCAACGACAACGAUGCGGACACCGCCAAUACCUCAGACAACAGCAACGUGGGCGCCACCGCCAACGCAAUUGAACAGGCACCGGACUCUCCGCAGCGACUUACGUUGAUCCAGAGACUACUCCAGCUGGCUCCCAUUUACCAUAAGCCUGGUGCAUGACCGACUUAGCCUGCUCUUCUAAUAUAACUUCAAAAACGUUAAAUAGCGUACUAACUACCAAUUCAUAUAUAUCAUACGGGUUGUAUCUUAAAUUUAAGUCAGAACUAAGAGCUGUGUUUUAGAUUGAAAAAAUGAGCACCUUGUAUAUUGUUAUUAUAUUAUUUAUUGUUCAUUAACAAGAAGUUGUCAACAAUUCGAUCGAUUACUAUAACCCCAAUAGACUUUAUAUAUAGAUUAUAAAAAUAUAUUUAUACGGUAUUCAAGUUCAAAAGUAUUGAAAGUUAAUAACAAAGUGAACGUUUUACAUAAUCCGAACAAGACAUCACUUAAUUAGUGACUGAGGAUACGAUUGGAGGGUCUCGCCAACGGACAACACAGUUAACUCGGCGAUCUAAAAAAAAAAAAAAAUAACAACAACAAUUAGUAAUUAUUAUAAAUUUGUAAAUUUUCGUUUAGUUUUAAUCAUCAAG